AUGGCAGACGGCAUUGAUAGACGCGCUGAGGAGCGCAUGGAGUUCAACACCUCCAAGGAGGUCACGGUUGCGCCGACCUUCGAGGACAUGCACUUGAAAGAGAGCCUGCUUCGCGGAAUCUAUGCCUACGGAUACGAAUCGCCUUCAGCGGUGCAAUCUCGCGCCAUCGUUCAAAUUUGCAAAGGUCGCGAUACGAUCGCGCAGGCUCAGUCGGGUACUGGUAAAACUGCGACGUUUACGAUCAGUACCCUCCAAGUCAUUGACACUGUCGUGCGAGAAACACAGGCUCUUGUCCUGUCCCCUACUCGUGAACUUGCGACUCAAAUUCAGUCGGUGGUGAUGGCCCUCGGCGACUACAUGAACGUCCAAUGCCACGCCUGCAUCGGAGGCACGAACAUUGGCGAAGAUAUCCGCAAGCUCGACUAUGGCCAGCACGUUGUUUCGGGAACACCAGGUCGUGUCGCUGACAUGAUUCGCCGGCGGCACUUGCGCACACGUCAUAUCAAGAUGCUCGUCUUGGAUGAGGCAGACGAGCUGUUGAACCGUGGUUUUCGCGAGCAGAUCUACGAUGUUUACCGUUACCUGCCACCGGCGACCCAGGUCGUUGUGGUGUCUGCCACGCUUCCUUACGACGUGUUGGAUAUGACGACCAAGUUCAUGACGGAUCCCGUCCGUGUGCUAGUCAAGCGUGACGAGUUGACGCUCGAGGGUAUCAAACAGUACUUUAUUGCGGUUGAGAAGGAGGAGUGGAAGUUCGACACGCUAUGUGAUCUUUACGACACUCUGACCAUCACUCAGGCAGUGAUCUUCUGCAACACCCGUCGCAAGGUUGACUGGCUCACCGAUAAGAUGCGCGAGGCCAACUUCACAGUUUCAAGCAUGCACGGUGAGAUGCCGCAGAAGGAACGUGAUAGCAUUAUGCAGGACUUCCGCCAGGGCAACUCCCGCGUUCUUAUCUCCACCGACGUCUGGGCCCGUGGUAUCGACGUCCAGCAGGUGUCGCUCGUCAUCAACUAUGAUCUGCCUACCAACCGUGAGAACUACAUUCACCGUAUUGGUCGCAGUGGUCGCUUUGGUCGCAAGGGUGUUGCCAUCAACUUUGUCACCAGCGACGAUGUCCGCAUAUUGCGCGACAUCGAACUUUACUACUCGACCCAGAUUGACGAAAUGCCGAUGAAUGUUGCGGACCUCCUCUCGUAA